AAACCACAAAGGGGCGUUUCCAGGAAGAGUCAAGAAACACUUUCCUGUAAUGGCGGACCAGACAGAGAACGAGUCUAUUGGAUUCAACGACAACAGGAUGGCGCAGCAGGCGGUGCGGUUUCGCAGCCCUGCUCCUGCCCAAGCUCCUACCCCUCCGCCAGCCCAAACACAAGUGUUGCGAGGCCCUCCACCGCUGCUCCGGCCUCCGCCGCCUCCUUUUGGGAUGUUGAGAGGACCGCCACCUCGACCUCCAUUUGCACGACCUCCUUUUGACCCCAACAUGCCACCCAUCCCACCCCCAGGAGGCAUGCCACCACCUAUUGGACCUCCUCAUCUACAGAGACCUCCAUUCCUUCCUCCUCCCAUUGGCAACCUGCCCCCUCCUCCAGGAAUGCUGUUUCCUCCUGGGAUGCCCCCUGUUCCUUCAUCCGGCAACCCCGCCCUCAACCCUACAGAGGAGAUUUGGGUAGAAAACAAAGCGUCAGAGGGAAAGAUAUACUACUAUAAUGCCCGGACCAGAGAGUCGUCAUGGAGUAAACCAGAGGGAGUGAAGAUCAUCCAGCAGUCUGAGCUCAAUCCUCUUCUGGGAGCGGGGGCUGCAGGCUCAGGUGCAAAUGUGGGGGUGACUGCUGUUUCAAGCAGUGGCAACACUACAGUCAGCACAGCAGCAGCAGCCUCCCCCACACAGGCCCCAACCUCCACUCCCUCCCAGACGCUCACCUCCAGUCCGGACUCCAUCACCAGUCCUUCCCCGUCUGUGUCCAUGCCAGCCACCAACGUAUCAGACCACAGCCCUGUUGUUACCGUGACUUCAACUGUUUCGGUGUCGCCAGUCACCGUGGUGACCGUCUCCACAGUUCCCUCUCCUGUUACAGCAGUCCAAACCAUGUCGCUGUUACCAACAGCCCUGCCACACAGCGUUCCCCAGCCCACAGCUACCAUACCUGCCUUUCCCCCAGUCAUGGUGCCCCCUUUUAGGGUGCCUUUGCCAGGAAUGCACAUUCCUCUGCCAGGUUGGGGUUGUGAGGGCCUGUACCUACCAGGAGAGCGUGUGAACAGAUGGGCAAUGGGAAGUGGGGGCGGGCUUACUCCGCACCAACAGUCACGCCCGCAACUUGGAGGUGUAGCAAUGAUGCAGAUAGUAGGUGCGCCCUGUGUAAAGGCAGGCCCCAGCGCCAACGGCAUGCUUCCUGGGAUGGGCCCACCAAUAGUUUCCAUGAUGCACCCCCAGCUGGCACUUUCAGCUGCUCCUGCCUCCAUGGCAGGAUCCCUGCACCUCCCAGAGUGGACAGAAUACAAAACAGCAGAUGGUAAAACGUACUACUACAACAACAGAACGCUGGAAUCCACUUGGGAGAAGCCACAGGCUGUUCUAGACAAAGAAAAAGAAGCACAAAAGCUCUGUGAACGUCUGGCUUUGGAGGAAGCAGAAGCAAUGGAGAUGGAGGAUGAGGAGAUCAAAGCAGCAAACAUGAAUAUUGAGAAGGAGCUUAAAGAAGAAGAAAUGACCGAAGAGGAGCGAGCGGCGCAGAAAGCCAGACCCAUAGCCACCAACCCCAUCCCAGGCACUCCUUGGUGUGUGGUAUGGACAGGUGACGACCGUGUCUUCUUUUACAACCCAACCACGCGGCUGUCCAUGUGGGACCGUCCCGAGGAGCUUGUGGGUCGAGCGGAUGUUGACAAGCACAUCCAGGAGCCGCCUCACAAGAGGGGCGUAGAAGACGGCAAAAAGACAGGUGUUAUUAAGGAAGAGCCAGACUUGUCCAAUGCUACAGAAGAUAUUCUGGAUGAGGAGCCAUCUAAAGCCAAAAAGAGGAAGAAGGAAGAACAGAAGGAGUCAGACACAGAGAAAGAAGCAGCCAUGGAGGCGGAGCUUAAAGCUGCCAGAGAAAGAGCCAUCGUGCCGCUGGAGUCCAGGAUGACCCAGUUCAGAGAAAUGCUGCUGGAGAGAGGGGUGUCUGCUUUCUCAACUUGGGACAAAGAGCUUCAUAAGAUUGUUUUUGACCCUCGUUAUCUUCUGCUCAACCCAAAAGAGAGGAAACAGGUGUUUGAUCAGUAUGUAAAGACACGAGCAGAGGAGGAAAGGAAAGAGAAGAAGAACAAGCUUAUGCAGGCUAAAGAUGAGUUCAGGAAAAUGAUGGAGGAUGCAAAACUCACACCCAGAACAACAUUCAGUGAAUUUGCUUUGAAGCAUGGCAGAGAUCCUCGGUUCAAAACCAUAGAAAAGAUGAAAGACAGAGAGGCCAUCUUCAUCGAGUUCAUGACCGCCAUGAGGAAGAGAGAAAAGGAGGACUCCAAAUCCAGAGGAGAGAAGGUGAGACAGGACUUCUUUGAUCUUCUGAGUGACCAGCACAUAGAUGGAAACCAUCGGUGGAGCAAGGUGAAAGAGAGACUAGAGACCGACCCCAGAUACAAGGCGGUGGACAGCUCUGCACUCAGAGAGGAACUGUUUAAACAGUUCAUGGAAAAACAGGCCAAGAACGUGGACAUUGAAAAGGAGCGCGAGUUGGAGCGGCAGGCUCGCAUUGAGGCCAGCCUCAGAGAGCGGGAGCGGGAGGUGCAGAAGGCCCGAUCAGAACAGACCAAAGAGAUCGACCGGGAGAGGGAGCAGCACAAACGGGAGGAAGCCAUCCAGCAUUUCAAAGCUCUCAUGUCCGAUAUGGUACGUUCUUCAGAUGCAACGUGGUCAGACACGCGCCGCAACUUGCGGAAGGACCAUCGCUGGGAGUCUUCAUCACUGCUGGAGAGGGAAGAGAAAGAGAAACUUUUCAAUGAACACGUAGAAGCACUGGCCAAAAAGAAAAAGGAACAGUUCAGACAACUACUGGAUGAGACCAGCAUGAUCACUCUGACGACUUCAUGGAAGGAGGUUAAAAAGGUCAUCAAAGACGACCCUCGCUGUAUAAAAUUUUCCUCCAGUGACAGAAAGAGACAGCGAGAAUUUGAAGAUUACAUCAAAGACAAAUACAUAACAGCCAAGGCUGACUUCAGAACCUUGUUAAAGGAGACAAAGUUCAUAACGUACAGGUCAAGAAAACUGAUCCAGGAGUCAGAGCAGCACCUAAAAGACGUGGAGAAGAUCCUGCAGAACGACAAGCGCUACCUUGUUCUGGAGUGCGUCCCAGAGGAGCGCAGGAAGCUCAUCAUGUUCUACAUUGAAGACUUAGAUCGGCGAGGCCCUCCACCUCCUCCAACCGCGUCAGAGCCAACUCGACGCUCCACCAAGUGACCAACUACAUCUUCAUGGCCGUUGUCCCAUCUGUCAGUGCGCCCCUCUUUGGCCAGAGCAUGACCUCCCUCAGCACCCCACAAACCCUGGUCUCCAGGCCCACAGGUGGCCUUGCAGUGUUAUCGCCUGGGGUCAUAUUACAUAAAGAUAUAACAUUGAGAUGAAUGGUUAUGCUCUUUGUGUUAUCUCACCUCUUAGCCCUGAAGUAGCCUUCUAUCUAAGGCACCAGCAGGGAACAGAGGUUUCCUGACCGGUAGGUAACCGCCGACCUCUGACCUUCCAUAGACAACAUGCGAGGGAGGGAGGGAGGGAGGCAGCUGCCUGAGCAGCCACACAGAUGUAAGAUAGCUGAUGUAAAUGAAUUUGAGUGUAUGCGAGCCUGUGUGUGUAUGAAUGUCUCGCACACUUCCAGGUUUGUGUGCAUUCGAUUGGAGGCGUCCUUAAGCCUUACAUCUCCACUGUGCCAGUCAUGUUUCAGGCUCAGUGUGAAUGUUAGUUUAAGCUCAGUGGUUUAUUCCAAUGUGGCAGCAGUUUCUUUGUUGAAUUAAUUAAAGGAAACUUCCACAGUUUUUCAA